CGGAGUAAGUGACUGGUCUGCAAGACGAGUCUUGCAACGCGCGUCCCUGUGUCGGUUUUGGCCGCGACGGAAUGGGGACCCGAAGUUCGAGUCUCCGUGGAGGCUGCCGGCCAUGAAAGGCAGAGACUCGGCAGGGAGCUCAGCACCUGCCGUCGUACGGGGACGCCUGGCGCCCGGGGCGCUCCGCCUAGCUCACUGCUAUGGACAGUGCUAUCACCUUGUGGCAGUUCCUUUUGCAACUCCUUCAGGAGCCUCGGAAGAAGGAUAUCAUCUGUUGGACCUCCAAUGACGGAGAGUUCAAACUUCUCCAGGCAGAAGAAGUGGCUCGCCUCUGGGGGAUCCGUAAGAACAAGCCCAGUAUGAACUACGACAAACUCAGUCGCGCUCUCCGAUAUUAUUAUGUGAAGAACAUCAUCAAAAAAGUGAACGGUCAGAAGUUUGUUUACAAAUUUGUGUCUUACCCGGAGAUUUUGAAUAUGGAUCCACUAGCGGUCGGCAGGAUUGAGGGUGAUGCUGAGGCACAGGCAGGCUGUGUGGAUGCUAGCAACGCUACAAAGGACAUGGAAAAUGGUGGGAAAGAGAAGAAUCAGUCCUUUGCAAAGUCCUCUAGCCGCAAUGACUAUAUCCACUCAGGCCUAUAUUCUUCAUUUACUUUGAACUCCCUGAAUUCCUCCUCUUGUGUAAAACUCUUUAAGCCAAUCAAGAUGGAAAACCCAACUGAGAAACUGGCAGAGAAAAAAACUCCUCAGGAUCCAACCCCUUCAGUCAUAAAAUUUGUGACCGUGUCCUCCAAAAAGCCUUCAGUGUCUCCCCUGGCCUCUACUGCUCAACUGACCUCUACUAUAUCAGCUGCCUCUUCCGGUUCAGAUGAAAGUCUCCAAGCCUUGGAGUCUUUAGUCACACCAAAAGGGGCUCCCAGUGAAACGUCAGCCUCCUUGCCAAGCUUGACCGCGAAUUUCACGCCUCCCCCUCCUGCAACCUCCAUUUCUCCUCCUCUCCAGGUUCCUUCCAGGUCUCCUUUGCCACUUUUAAGUUCUAAUCCUGAUCUGGUUAUAGACACAGACACCGAGCAGCUGGAACGUUCUCAAAGCCAAAUCUUGGAACUUAAAGAGCAGAGUUCUUCCCUGCUAGAAAAAGAGUUUCGUCAUAACCGAACUAGAAAGCCCAAAGGGCUGGAGAUUGCUCCCACUCUGGUCAUUACCGGCAGUGACCCAAGUCCACUGGGAAUACUAAGCCCUUCUCUCCCUACAGCUUCUCUUACACCAGCACUUUUUUCACAGACGCCUAUUUUGCUGACCCCAAGCCCUUUGCUCUCAAGUAUCCAUUUCUGGAGCACUCUUAGUCCAGUUGCUCCCCUCAGUCCAGCAAGAUUACCAGGUGCUAACACCCUUUUCCAGUUUCCAUCGGUGCUGAAUACACAUGGACCAUUUACUGUGUCAGGAAUGGAUGGUCCCUCCACUCCUGGGCCUUUCUCCCCAGACUUACAGAAGACAUAGCAUAUGGCUUUGUGGGAAAAGGGCAGAUUGCGAAGGGGAAAAGAAGAAGACAUUUAAUCAACAAUUAUGUAAUCCAGUUUUUAAGGAGUGGUUUGUAAUUCCACAGACACAGUAUAAACUGACUUGACUUUUGCCAUUCCUGGUUCAAAUGCCUUUGCAAAAAUUCCCUUUGAGUCAUAAGGGAAUUCAUAUGAAAAUGCCUUAAUUGGAGACUCUUCUUCAUUAUCUCCUCUCUCCCUUACUUGUUUUGAUCUAAGAAGGCUUCUCAAUGAUCGAAUCUGCAGCAACUGAUAUCAAAGACACAAUUUCCCUUUUGACUGAUAGCUUUGCAUCCUGCCUCUUGUUUUUUAUAUCAAAAUACCUAUCACUAUUGGAAGCUGGCAUUCCAAGAAAUACUUGGAUUUUUUUAAAAAAUUAGAAGCUUUCUUUUAGAAUUAAUAAUUUCUGUUCUAUUAAUACAGGGAUCCAGUAGAAAAAUCUUGUGUCUUUGUAAGGAGAAACUUUACAGAUGGAUUUUCCUGUGGCAUGGAAGAGAAUCUCUUAAGGGUGAUCGCUAUAGAUAAAGAAGGUCUAGCUGCAUAUCCUUAGUGAAAAUGUCAGUUCAUCUCCCAGGUAUUGUGUGUAAGUUUGAAUAGUACAGAAAUGUAUAGGUUGUGGAAUUAAUUGCUGUGAUUGUCUAGAAAUAUUUGAAUGCUUUAAGUCUGAUUUUACUUAGUAGGCAGAAAAGAAAAAUCAAAGAAAUUCCCCUGAUAUCUGACAGUGAAGAAUUUAAAUUAGCAAAUAAUGCUAAUUGAGGAUCCUUGCAGUAGAUCUGUUGUGCCACUGGGUUAACCUUAUAUAUCUGGCAUGCUGUGUGUGGUGCUGUCUGGAUGCUUGAUAAUGUCUUGUGUAGAUCAGACAUUUGAGAAGUGGAUGCUUACAUUUUAUUCUUUUUUCCCUCUUCGACAAAUGAGAUACUUAACGAAGAGGCAUCGCUUGGCUUGGCCCCUAACACCUCUGGGUGAUCCAUCCCCCCCUCCCCCGGCAAUCUGAGUAAGAGCUGUGCUAAAGUUUUCGACACGUAGAGGCUCUGAAGGCUAGAAAUAUUGUGCAGUUAUUAGGAAGUGUUCCUGCUGAUGAGGAGGUUGUGGGUGGGAAAGAGCCGAUUGGCGUGAGCUACUUGUAGUCUGAAAGAGCUAAAAGCGGCUUUCAGUCUGCACUUAACCUUGUGGCAAAGCAGCGGUCAAACCAUCCUGAGUGAUUUCUUCAGCACGGUGGUAGUUGAGACUACCGGUAAUGUUAUGCUGGCUUGCUGAUGCAGAAGUCUUGCUUAUAAGGUAAGAACAGAAAUGAGAAGUAUGGUGGUAGUAACCUACCACCAUAGCCAAGUAGUUAUCCACACUUGGGUACCACACCCAAGUAGUUAUUGCUCAGUUCAAGGAGAUGCAUGAGGAGCCAGAGUAUUUUUUCCUGAAAUGUCACACUCAGACCCUGGGUGGCUAUAGUGGCUAUCAGUCACUUUGUGAAAGCACCUGAAGACUUGUAGCAUCAGGUAGUUAUUUCCUGGAAAGUUAAGGCAAAUACCAGGAAUGGUGUCUGAUAAUUGUCCUGUCCGCAGAUGGUGUGUGCAUGUAGAGGUAGGGAUCAUGGUGGUUGGCCUUAGGGAGCGCUAGCCACCUGCCUAGUAAGAACUAAAUUUAGCUUUCCUAUCAUGAUGUCUUAUAGUGGAGUCCUCAGCAGCAGACAUGCUGGAAAGUGAGCCUUUAUUUGAAAUGGGCCCUUCAGAACAACAGUAAAAUGCUGGAUUUGAGAGACGCUUGAAAUGCUCUUCUCUGUAUCCAUCCCAUUUUAAAGAUCAGUUGGGGGGGGGGGACACACAUUGUUCAGGCACUUCCACAAGAUCUCAAUGUCAGAGAGUGUUCCUAUUUCUAAGAGUGCCCCAAGACUGAGUACCAUACAAAGGGAGAAGAUAUUUCCUGAUGUGUCUGCACUGAAAUCAGGAAACCAGAUCCUUUCUAUCUUUUGUGAGGCACCAUUCACGAGAACAAGGCAAAAGCUGACUUAAUGGACUGUCCUUCUACAAACAUUUUUGUUAAAUGUCUGGUGCAACAAAAAGAAGGUGGCAGAGGGCCCAAAGAGACUGCAGACAGUGUGCUCUGCCUGUUGCCUGUGGCACAUUGCUGGCUCCUGUUCCAGACAUAAUUGAAUAGAGUCAAAAGGCCCAUACCUGUUUGUGCCUAAAUUGAAUGUGCAAUAUUUCAUAGAUUCUUUUUAUUACAGACGUGCCGAAAAAUAAUUGCAAGUAGUAAGCGAGAGUAGGCAUCCUGCGUUCUUGAUUUGUACACUGCCUCCGGGGCAAAAAAUAAUAAUAAAAAAGAGCAGCAGCACUUUUUUAAGGGCAGUCACUCUAGGCUGACUGCAUAUUGGGUAGGAGAGCGUUCAAAAUCAAGAUUUUUGUUUUAAAUUUCUUCUUGAGCCCUAAAAGAACAGCAGUUAAGUGAUUUGCUUUCCUGUCUCCCUCUGCCAAGGGAAAAAAAAUCAGGCUAUCUUUGUUCAAAUAUUGUACUGUCUUGUGCGGUAUGUGCUGCACCUGUGCAGUACAUAUAUUUAGAUACACAAGUGAGCCCAAACUUAGAUAAUCUUGGUAGCAGUUCUGUUUAGCCUAGUUUCACAAUCCACCCCCACCAGUCCCAAAAAAGAUGCACUGAGAAGUUGGCUUGGCCAUCCUGAGGUGUGUAAGCGUUGCUCUUCUGUUCCUAGUGAUUUCAUGGAGCUCUGGGGCUUCAUUUUAUGGAGGCUUUAUAUUUCUCUGUGAUCUCUCUCUCUCUCUCUCUCUGCGCCUGCCUGCCUCAUCCUUGACACGUAGGUCAUUUGAGGGUUUAUAGCUGCUGCCUCUUGUGUGAUGGAUGCUUUUCAUUUAGGAACGAGAACUGUUGGGAGCCAGAAUUGGGAGUGGCUGGUGCAUUUGGCACUGAGGCUUGCAGACUGUGGCAUUGCAUGUUCAAGCUUGUCUCUGUAACUAAAAGAGUUGUGUUUUUGUUUUGUUUUUAAAAUCUAUUUAUACUGGUAAAAGCUUUUUUUUGUAAUUGGUCUGGAUAGGAUUCUUCAUCCUUCUUGCUGGCCGUUUGACCUGCCCUCCUCUUCCUCCAUCUAUCUUUCUUUCAAUAGUAAACUUGUGCCACUGCACCCAUUCACUUUUUUAAUGUUUGCUAGCCACUAGCAGAUUUUAGUGAAGCGCACUCAAGUCCUCUUACUUACCAUCCCAGGGUGCAGCACUUCCCUCACUUUAUUAGUGAUUACACAUUUGGAGUAAAUAUAGCUAUUUUGUGUUUGUGUUUCAUUGAGAUCCAGAGGUGAACAGAUCUUUAUUGCUUUCAUGAAUAGAGUCUUUUUGAACGCAUUCAGCGUUGUAAACGUCUCUCAAUAUUUUACAUGCUAAAUAUUUUUCAGCUGUUUGUGCAAGCGAAGUUAAAAUUUGACCUAACAAACAUCAGAUGCUAUCUUUGUAUGUGUAGUUCAUUGAUGCACCUGAUUACAUUUUCUUAAAGUAAACAGUCUCUUGGUUAUAUGUCCGGUCUCUCUUAGAUGGUUAGAGAAAGGAAAAUCCUAUUUUUUUAUUCUGCUUAAUAUGUUGGCAUGAAUUGCCAACAUAUUAUCUUUAGAGUUUUGAUAGUCUUAGGGAUAUUCUAAAUUGUUCAUUUAUCUGCCUUGAGUUAAGGUUUUGUUGUCUGUUUUUAUAUGUAAUUGCCUCUAAACAUUUGUUCCUACAACACAUCUCUGUGUUGUAGCAAGCUGACUAUCUUGAUUUGAGUUCUGUUUUUAAAAACAAAUAUUAAGUGAUGCUUGGCAAGCUAAAUUUUAUUUUUCAAGAUCAUAAGCAAGCAUCAAGGACUUUCGUUUUCUUGUUGGCAGUUUUGGUUUUCCAACCUCUUAUCCUUACUCAGCAAAACACCAUAAAGACGGCUCAGUCCAGGUUCUUUGAGAAGGAAACUGAAAUUGGGAGAAACUGGAAAGCUGACCGUGGUCAUCUAUUGCAGGGGUUUGGAGGCUGAAUCUGGCCUACCUGAGGUCCCAGUCCAACUUCCCCAAGUAGGGCCCUGAGUAUGUAAGCUUGCUUUAGAUCUUGCUUUGCUGAAUCAGAUUAAGACCCACCAGGUUCUGCUCUCUCAUCGAGGAAUCCCGCCAACCAACAGGCACAAAUGGUCCAGCUAUGACCAUUUUAAUAUGUAAUAACUUAAGGACACAAGAGCACACAAGUUGUGUAACUAAGGAAGGUAUAUUUUAAGGUUUAGAUAACACAGGCAUUUCAUACAUGAAAACUUUCAUACAUCACAAUUUUCAGCCCUGUUCUCAUAAUGAGAGACGAUUAAUUGAUGGGAAGAAGUUGUAACGAACAAGUCUGACUGUAGAAAAUUCAUGUUGUUUAAAGCAGGCGGUGAAAGCAACUUGUUCAGAAGGAGGGAUUGUGGGCUUGAUCCAAAUAAAAACUCUCCGCUUCCUUUAGCUCUGAUAAAGUCCAGCUUUCCCUGUUGGCAGAGGUGGCUUGUCAGGUGACAGAUCCAUAUCUGCAAAAUUCCUUUCAGCUGCUAUUACAAAACAAAAGAAAUGUCAAAACCCAUCCACUGAGAGUUAAGGAGAAGCUUGUUAGAACGCGGCAUGCCGUCCACGCCUUCCCGAAAGAGUCACGUUUCACAGUCCUAUACAUGUAGUCGUGGUUGGAGGCUUGUGUCUCCAGAUACCACCCAGUGGGCUUACGCCCAAGAACUAUGGGCAAUUGCUCUGCCCAGUAUGAAUCACCUGCAGAUUUUACAUGUGCAUUUUUCUUUCACAAGGUUACUGUAGUAAAUAUGGAUAUAUCCAGAGUCCCGCAUUGGCUGAUCCAUGUGUUGUCUGCAAUUGGCUCAUAACUGAGCAGGGCUCAUAACUGGGCUCAUAAUUGGCUCAUAACUGGGCUCAUAAGCCAUUUCCAUUUCUGCCCUGACUGGUUGGGGCAAUACAUCCCAGCAAGCUUGAUACAAAUCACUCUUUUUUCCCUGUGAGCAUUUUUCUUUGGAUAUCUGUUCCAUCCUCCCCCCACAAAUGUGUUUUUGAAACGCGCACACUUUGAAAGCAGUUUGAACUGCUGUUUGUGAAACAUGGAUCUAAAGCCCUCUUCAAGUUCAUGAAACUAGUUGUUUUUCUUUUCUUUUUAGUAUUCUCCCUCCCCAUUUCUUAGUGCUAUAGAAUAUCAAGCUGAUGAAGCUAAUCCAGUUGUUUGGAAAAACUGGCACUCUAAGGAAUAUUCUGUAGAUAUAAACGGCCCAGAUGGGCAUCUAGAUAGUAUUUAUUAUUUAUGUUUGAAAGUACUGUGCUUUGUAGCUGCAGCUUUUAAAAUGUCUUGCACUUUCAGGAUUUCUAGUACCAUAAUCUGUUAUGCCACAUUCUACUUGCCAAGACGUAAAAGUAUUCUACGUCAUUUUCUCCCAGAAGAUCUUAAACUAAAAUCUGAGAGUGAAUUCAUGUAUAACUUUAUGCAUACAAUGAGGCUUGCCAUUUAAUAGCCUAAGUAGCUGAAAUGGUUGCCUGUUGCCACAUGAUUGCAAUAGGCCUUCACAUGGCAAUGGAAGUCAAACAUGCCAAGUAAGCCCUUUUCUUUUUCUGUUGCAUGUCACGCGGUUGCCAGCACUUAAACUGAACAAGUGAACUUGCCUUUAGUUGAAUAGUCACUCCACUUAAAUUUUGGUGACUAUAUUUGUGUGGCUUCUGAAAGGAAGAUUUGAAAUGGCCCACUCAAAAUGCAUGCCUUCAUAAAGGCGACACUCCAAAGUGCUUGCAGUCAACAUAUUCUGCACUGGCAGACAUGAAUGAAGAUAAGGAAUAGUCUGACAGAGAUUCCUGUAGGAGAUCUUUGCGCAGUAAGAACAUAAAAGGUCCUGCUGGAUCAGGCUGAAGGUCCAUCAGCACCUUCUUUUCUGCCUUCUUAGUAGCAUCAGCCAAAUGCUACUGAGAAGCCUAAAAACAGGGCGUGAAGGUAACAGUCCUUUUGACCCCCAACAAUUGGUAUUCAGUAGUGCCCUUCCUCAAGGGGAAUGUGAGCGGUUCCAUUGCUGCCAAUAAGAUGUCUUCUCCCCAAAUGUAUCUAUUCCCCUUCCAAACCAGGGGUUAUCGGAACGUCUUAGGGCAGUGAAUUCCAUAACAUAAAUUGAGCACUAGACUAAUAACUGGAAGCUUUUAGUUACAGGUACUGGGGCUCCUUAGAAAGUCUCCCUUUGGUCUACUUUGUUUAAUUAGUAGAGGAAAGAGUGGUGAGGUGAAUAUACAGGUUUUGAACCGUGAGAUGUCUUCUUUGCUAGUAUGUUCUGAAACCUUGCUUUAAAGUUUGAAUUUCAGUCUUGCUGUUCAGUUGCACCGACUUCUAAAUAUGUGCUCUAAGAUUGUUCUUUUAAAUGAAUACUUUGUAAACCUUGUAUGGCAAAGUCUUGUUCUAAAUACAUUUUUAACUAUCAUUUGUGUUUUUACUGCAGUGUUACCAGAUGGCCUUAUGUACAUCACAGUGCGUGUGAUAGGUACAGUAGCAUACUUAAUGCUUUUGUUCUCUGCUUGUGUUCAUAGUCAGUAUGUUUGUACAUCUUGUAAGGCUACAGAAGGGAAAGCUAGAAGUUGGGAGGGGUGGGGGGAAACUAAGGACACAGAACAUAUCCCUUGGUUCAUAUAUUGCUCCAGCAGGGAAUUUUCAGAAAAUGAAAACUGCCAGAAUUAAGUAUAGUUAAGAAUGAAGUAUGGUUACGUAAGCCCAGUGCUUUGAAAUGCUUCCUAUUGCUGCCGUUCUAAUGACGUGUGUGUGUGUGUGUGUGCGUGCCAUUUUGUAGAGCCUUGUGAAGGGAUGAGCUUGGAGGCUUCUGUUGAAUCUCAAAUAGGCUUACAUUGAUAUUGGACAUUAUACAGUCGCAGGAGUGAUCUGAUCAUCUCUGUGGUGGAUAUUGCCGUUCAGAGAUGCUCCACUUUGCUGUAUUCUCAUGCUUUUGUGUUAAAGCUGUUUUUGCUGGAUUUCAUCUGGCAUAACAGGGCAGAUCAUGUUCGUGCAAUUGCUGUUUUACUUAAUAUAAGCUAAUACACAGUUGGUUUUUCAUUCUUUCCUUUUCUAAAUGCUUACAGUUUCUGGAGGAGUGUCUGCUUUUUCCCAGUAUAUAUCUGGCAGGAGGAAAAAAGAGGUUUCUUGAUUUUUCAUCUUCUAGAGACAUGAUAACCCUCCAUGCUAACUAGUGCAGGGAGGAGUGACAGGAGUGUGUCUGUUUUUACUUCGAAGAGUAUAGCACAGCAGGCUUGCAGAAGGAAAAGGGAUUUUUUUUAUUACAGAACCCUGCCUUGCUUCCAAGGUCUUUGCACUGUUCUUCGUAGAGGAAAUAUAAUUGUCUCUAGCUUCUCCUCCUGCACCCCCUGCACCUAGGGAAGCAUUUGUGCCAGUGCAAAGAGUCGGGUAAAGCCUUGGGUUUAGUUGGGCCUUCUGCCCCCUCUGCACAGUCUCAGAUAUCCUGAGGUCUGCGUUGGCACAUCAAAGAGAGAACACAUGUGCAAAUGGGAUGUGCUGUCUUUGAGAAUUUGGUUCUCCGUCUAGUCAGGAUUCGAUAUCCGGCAAAUGUUUUGCUUAUUGCUACAGUUGUUGUGUGAAGUUAGCUGGAGAAAGUGGCUUCUUGGAGUCUUGUUUUUUAUAUAUACAUAUAAAAUUGAAAAUCUGUACCUUUUUAUAUACCCAGUAUGUUAAUGCCAUUGUGUAAAAUAAUGCUGGUAUGUAAUGCAAUUGCAUAAAUAGCCAAAGUUCUAAGUAACUUUUCAGUGUUAUUGUCUUGACUAGAAGCACCUCUGGGUAAGAUAUUAGGGAGACCUUCAUAAUGUUGAGAUGUUUGAAAGGGAAGAAAAUCUGCUUCUUGAGAAACAUUUUUUAAAAAUAAGAGAAUGUGUUUCAGAGUUGGCCAAGAAUUGUACAAAGUUAGUCAUAUGGUGUUCAAGGACUGCACAGUGAUGCCAUUUUAUGGAUUUGGUUAGUGUAUAUUGAUUAUUGCACAUCCAAACAUAAUGAAGGUCUUUCCUGAGAAAUCAGGUGACUUCCCCCCCCCUCAUUCCUUAGACUUUUGUGCAAAAAAAAAAAAAAAGGGGGGGUUGUGAGUUUUUGUGGGGGGGUUUGAAAAAAAAUUGGGGGAACUGCUACAUAUUUUGUUUAAGAACUGACAGAGGGAUUUGCUUUGUAUAAUAAUGCAAGUUGGCUUUAAACAUUGUAGCAAAUCAUGUUAAUAAGUAUGUGCAAUCAGACUUGCAAAACAGUUGUAUUUUUUUAAAUAAAUAUUUUUUAACGAAA